AUGCUCGCCGCCACCGACGCCGUCGCCGUCGCCGCCAUCCUUAAAGGAGGCGAGCAGUUGUAUCAGCGCCGCCCCGCCGCCCGCCCGCGUGGCGCCCCUGAGUGGCUGGCGGUGCUGCUCGAGGGGGAGUCCCUUUUUAACGACGCCAGCUCCAUCGUGCUGUUCGAGAUCUUCCUCAAGCUGUCCAGCCGCGGCGGCGGCGGCGGCGGCGGCGGCGGCCGCGGGGGCGAGGGCGCGCUGCUGGAGCUGCUGGGGGCGAUGGUCGCUGACAUCAGCCAGCUGGCGGCUGUGGGGGUCGUGAUGGGCAUGCUCAUAGGGUACGGCACAAAGUUCUUAUUCAAGCACAUCCAGCGGCGCGGCACCCCGCCGCACGCAGAGGUGGCCAUCACCCUGGGCGGCGCAUACCUCACAUACCUCCUCACUGAGUAUUACGGCCUGUUCGGCUUCCACGGCAGCGGCGUCAUCGGCGUCGUGGUUUACGGCCUGUUUGGCAGCGCCACCCUCAUCUUUGGCCUGUCCCGCAAGGGGCGCCGCCACAACGCCUUUUUCGACUUUUGGGAUGUUGUGCAGUUCACGGCCAACGGCCUGGUGUUCUUCUUUGUGGGCGCCUCGGUCGUCAACUUUUUCGUCAGGAUCGCGCCCGAGCUGUACCCAGACCACGACGACCCCUGGGACUACGCGUGGGACGCGUCCACGAUGAUGCUGACGCGGGUGGCGCCGAUCUCGCUGUUCACUCUGCUGAUUAGGGGCGGCCUCAUGUUCCUGGAGGCCCCGCUGCUCGCGCUGGUGGGAGGGGGGGGGGCGCAUGGGAGAGGGGCGUGUGUGGGCGUGUGUGGCUGA